CUAUCAAUAUAAAAAUGUCAGCAUACCUUGGGUGUUACUGGGGUAAAGUCUAAGCAAGAAGGCUAAAGGUAAAAAUGUUAUAUAGAUGGCAGGGGAGUGGCAGGGAGGAAUAUUGCCUUUCAGAGUGAUAUAUAAGGCCCUGAGACUUUCCUCCAUUCUCCACUUAGCUACCAAACCCCUCUGUGCCAGGACACACCUCUUCUUCUUCUGAUUGAUCAGCACACUUUAUUCAGCAAUGGAGAUUAAACGCCAGAAUUCUCAAGGCAUUGGUAUCUAUAUGACAAACACAACCAGACCUCUACAAGAGAGGGCCUAUGCCUACAGCGUCAGUGGAGGGGCCGGCGGCCAUGGGACCAGGAUCUCAACUGCCACCUAUGGCACACGGGUUGGCAGUGGCUUCGGGGGUGGGUAUGAGUACGAGUCCUCCGGGUCUACCCAUGGAGCUCUGGCCAUUGCUAAUGAGAAGACAACCAUGCAGCACCUGAAUGACCGCCUGGCCAGCUACUUGGAGACAGUGAGGAAUCUGGAGAUGGCCAACAGCAAGCUGGAGAUCAAGAUCAGAGAGUGCUUAGAGAAGAGAGGCCCAAUGGAAGGGAAAGACCACAGCAAGUAUGACGCCACCAUAAAGGAGCUGAGAGCCAAGAUUUUUGGAACGAUUAAGGACAAUGCACAUCUAGCUAUCACACUUGACAAUGCACGCCUCGCCUCAGACGACUUCAGAGUCAAGAUGGAAUAUGAGAUGUCCAUGCGUCAGACGGUGGAGGCCGAUGUGGCCAGACUGAGGAAGCUUCUGGAUGACACCAACAUUAUUCGCCUGCACCUGGAGAGCGACAUCGAGUCUCUGAAGGAAGAGCUGAUCAGCCUAACGAAGAACCAUGAGGCGGAUGUUGCUGAAUUACGUGCACAGAUCACCCAGGCUGGUGUUCAGGUGGAUGUUGAUGCUCCUAAAGGACAGGACCUUGCCAGGAUCAUGGAGGAGAUGAGGGCUAAGUAUGAGAGGAUAGCACUGAAGAACCAGGACGAGGUCAAAGCAUGGCAUGAAUCUCAGAUGACAGAGGUUCAGGUCCAAGUGGCUGAGAGUACAACAGCUUUGAAGGAAGUCACAAGUGUGCUGACUGAAACCAGGAGGAGGUCUCAGGCGCUGGACAUUGAACUGCAGUCUGCACUUAGUAUGAAAGCAGCCCUGGAGGCCACUCUGCGUGACACUGAGAUGCGGUAUAAUGCAGAGGUGGAGAAGUACAACUCGAUCAUCGUGAGGCUGCAGGAGGAGCUCACUAAGAUCCGCAAUGACAUUCAGAACAACACAACAGAGUAUGAGCAACUACUCAACAUCAAGGUGAAACUGGAGGCUGAGAUUGCAGAGUACAGGAGGUUGCUGGACGGUGAGGGAGCCUUAAAGCUAGAGGAUGCAAUUGAUCAGAAGACAGUCCAGACCAAGGUGGUGACAGUCACUCAGACUCUGGUGGAUGGCAAAGUGGUGUCAGAGAGCAAGGAUGUCAAAUCCAGUGAAAAGGUUGUUGUAUAAAAACUGAAUAAGAAAUUAUUUGCAACAAAAAUAAAGUCAACAGAGAGUGUACCAUCAUGCCUGUGGCUGUUUGUUUAGCUUUAAAUAUCCCCUGAGGUCCCAUGACCGUUCCCCUUACUGCUCAGAGCUGUUUUGGCAGUACAAAGGAGACCUACAAAAUAU